AUGGAACCGGCAGAGGGCAGUACGGAAGAUUUGGACAGCACAAUAAUUGAGGUUGACAACAAGAUAAAGAAGAGAGGCAGGCCAAAGGAUAUAUCGAAUAGGAGUAGGAGUAGCUCGGUAACGAGCAGAGAUAGCAGCACUGGUAGAAGUGGAAACGAAAGCGGAAGUGAGGGAAAUAAUCGAAUAACAACUUGGCUUAAGAAGAAAAUCUCGGAGGAAAAAAAGAAGAAAAGGAAAGCGGAAAGUCCUGAACACGGAGGAAAAGAACCAAAAAAGAAGAACGAAGAACAAAUGGAAGAAAACAUGAGUAUGGGCAAACAGGAGGAUAUAACGUUUAAAAUGUUUAAAAAAAUAAAGGAUAAAUUAGAUUCAAGAGACGAAGAGGAUAGAGGGAGAUGGAAAAGCUUGGAACAAAAACUAGAGAAAAUAGAGGAAGAUAACAAAAUAAUGAAAAAAAUGAUGAGAGAUCUAGAAGCAGAGACAAACAAGAAACUAGAGAAAAUGAGUAAAGAAAUUGAUGACAUAAAAAGAGAGAGAGGGAAAAAGGAAAAUAUAAAUGAAAUCAAAGUAAGCAAACUGGAGGAAGCGGUAAAAAAAAUGCAAAGUGAAAUAAAAGAAAAAUCUCACAGCAAUAGGCGAGAAUAUGAUAGUGGAAAAGACAUAAAAGAGAAUGAAAAAAUGAAGAAAGAAUUGGAAUGGAUUGUGGAGGAGGCAGAGAGAGAAAAAAGAAAGAAGAAUGUAAUAAUCAAGGGAUUAGAGAUACAAGAUAAGGAAGAACUAAUAGGAUGGCUCGCUCAAAAACUGGAAAUAAAGGUAGAGAUAAGGAAAAUAUGGAAAAUAAGGAACGCAGAAAAAACUAUAGGAAUUCAACUGGUAAGCAAAGAGCAAAAGUUUGAAAUAAUGAAAAGAAAAAACAAGCUAAGAGGAGAAAAGGACAAAAUCUAUAUAAAUGAUGACGCUACAUGGAAGGAGAGACAAAGCAAAAGAGAGGUGAUCAAAAAGAGAAGAGAACUGGAGCUGAAUGGCACGAAGUGUGACAUAGGACAUAAUAAGAUUAUCACGGAUAAAGAGGUUUUCUACUGGAACGAGAAAGUAGAAAAGUGGUUUCGGAAAGGAAAGAGAGAAGCAAACAUACAAAGAACUCAAUAG